GUUGCAUGAAAUACCAAGCAUCAAUCGAUGACAAGCUCGAGCCACCAGCAAGCAGGAGAGCUGUGUGCAUCAGAUUGGACAAGUGGCUGAAAAUCGACAAGCUCAAACGAAUACUUCUUACGGGCUUUGUUUAAAUAGGACCCUUGGAUGCCACUGCCUAGAUCUCUGCCGCGACAUCGUGGUGCCGAGCGACUGGAAAAAAAAAUUUCUCGAGAAAAUGUAAACAAGUGGUCGCGAUUUGGUGUAAAUAAAUCACGUUUGUGUCAUCUAAUGCUUGGAUUAUGUUGGAGUGAUGGAGACACCAAAGCUUUCCAAACAGAGACAAACAAACAGUAGUAAAAGGAAGGGGAAGAACACUCUUGAGAGAAAGAAAGGAGAGCAAGGAAAGAAGAAGAAAAAAAUAUGGAUGUGUCUUAAAUGCCAAGAUCACAACUCCAAACGAUUUCUUCAAACAGCUGGCCAGCAUCAGUGAAUCAGUGUCCUCUGCCCUCUGCUACGUUCUUUCAAAUCACAAGCAACAGAGAAAUCGACUGUUGUUCGCUCUUGCCCCAGCGAUUCUAGGCUCCAGAUCUUCUAUCCUCCGGCAUGAUCAUGGUUGAUCUUGUCUCGGAUCUGAGGUCAUCGUCCUCGCAAUGCUCAUCGCUCUCGCUUCGCUUCGAGCGUGGAUUGGGUCUUAGCUGCUGGAUUGGGUCCAACGGGCAUCUUCUUCAUUGAUUUGAUCGAUCCGAUCUAGAAAAAACCCAUUUCCAUUCCUCGAUCGGUCAGGGCAUCAAAUGUGAAGGAACAGGGGGCUCGAACGACGAGGAGGGAUGAUGGAUUGCUGUACGAUGGAGCCAAGACCAAGACUGCUCCUCCCCGUUGUCUUCCUCGGAGCACUGGCUAUGGCGUUCCUCGGCCGCAAAACCGCAGGUACCGCGCUCUAAUCCCGCUCGCAUUCUCCCUCCCCUCCAUCCUCUCCGCAAAUGGGUCGUGGAAUUGGCUAAGAUCUCCAUCGCCCACCUCGCCCAAUUCCAUUCCCGCAAGAGAUCCCCUGUUGUCUCGCAGCUGUGCGAUGGAUUGAUUGAUUGAAUGAUCUCCGCAGAUGCCGCGAUCGGUGUGUGCUACGGGCGCAUGGCGGACAAUCUCCCCUCGCCGCAAAAGGCCGUCCAAUUGAUGCAAUCGCAAGGCAUCUCCAAGGUCCGCCUCUUCUCCCCGGACGCCGACGCCCUCACCGCGCUCGCAAACUCCAACAUCGACGUGAUGGUGGGCGUCCCCAACACGGAGCUCCAAGGCAUCGCCCAGUCCCAGUCCUCCGCCACCGCCUGGGUCGCCACCAAUCUCCUCCCCCACCUCCCCGCCACCCGCAUCACCGCCAUCGCCGCCGGCUCCGAGGUCCUCACCGCCGCCACCGACGACGACGCCUACCUCCUCUCCGCCAUGCAGAACCUCUACACCGCGCUCCAGAACGCGGCGCUGGACCGCUCCAUCAAGAUCUCCACGCCGCACGCCAUGGGCGUCAUCGCAAACUCCUUCCCGCCCUCCUCCGCCACCUUCGACGCCCGCUUCGCGCCGCUGCUCUCCCCCAUCCUCGACUUCAUCGCCAACACCGGCUCCUUCUUCAUGCUCAACGCCUACCCCUACUACGCCUACCGCAACUCCGCCGCCACCACCGCGCUCGACUUCGCGCUGCUCCAGCCCAGCGCCGCCGGCUUCACGGACCCAGGCUCAGGCCUCCACUACGGCGAUCUCCUCUCCGCGCAGCUCGACGCGGCGUUCUACGCGCUGGCCGCCAUGGGCCACCGCAGCCUCGCCAUCGUGGUCACGGAGACCGGGUGGCCCUCCAUGGGCGGCGCUGGCGAGACGCGCAUCGUCAACCUCCAGAACGCCGCCACGUACAACAACAAUGUCCUCCGGGUGGCCAUGUCGGGGCAGGGCACGCCAUUCCGGCCUGGGCAGAUCACGGACGUCUAUAUCUUCGAGCUCUUCAACGAGAAUCAACGGCCAGGACCCACCGCCAACCGCAACUGGGGUCUCUUCCGCCCCGACGGAUCCAAGUUCUACUCCAUCGGGGGAUUCGGGGGCUAUGCCGGGGGCGGGACCGGUGGUGGCGCUGGCGGCGCCGCUGGGAACUCCCCCGGGGUCAUCGAGCUCAACCGGACGUUUUGCAUCGCCGCCGCCAACGGGAACUUCAACACGCUCCAGGCGAAUCUGGAUUGGGUGUGUGGGCAGCAGCAGGUGGAUUGCUCGCCCGUGCAGCCGGGCGGGCGGUGCUACCAGCCGGAUACCGUGGCGUCGCACGCGUCGUAUGUGUUCAAUGCCUACUUCCAGCUCAAUGGGAUGAGCCCCAAUGCGUGUCAGUUCAAUGGCGUGUCUGUGAUCACGACCAUGGAUCCAAGCUACAAUCGAUGCAUCUACAUUGGGAGCCUCGCGCAACUUAGCCGGAGCAAGGGGCAACCGAUGCGAUCGCGUUGGCAGAGAUUCGCGAUCACGGUCCUUCUUUUUUUCUCUAUUCUAUGAUCGGCGCUUCCAUCUUCUAGGUAGCUCAAAAUCAAUCCAAGAGAGAGCCCUUCUUUUCAAAUAA